UUUUUGCACUCCUAUCUCUCCUUGCCAACAUCAUCGAACGCAGACCACCACCGAUUCACCACCAUCGUCACCCAUCACUGUUGUCGCGACCAUCACCACCCCAUCACCGUCGCCGACUCAUCUUUUCCGACUCCUAUCCUGUUUCUUAAUUUCCUAUCUCUCCUCAACGACGUCACCGAACUCAGACUAUCACCGAUUCACCUUCAUCACCCCAGACCUUCACCGAUUCACCACCGGUGGUUCAGCUGUUAGUGCAGGUAUGGUUGCUAUUGCUGCAGCUGCUGUCACUGUAUUAGCUGCAUCUGGAAAGACAUCGUCUAUUCCUAACUUCCAAAUUUCCAAAUUUGGUUAUCUUCCAGUCAACAAAUUCUUGAUGGAGUUCUUUAUGCAAAAGGUGGGUGCUUAUAUGAAACUAAAGUUAGUCAAAGAAAACCUUGCUUAGGAAACACAUUUCCACAGUAGGUCGAAUGAGCUUUUUCAAAAGCAAGUGGGUGAUGAUGAACCAAGACACUAGGCGACUUCAGAAAGUCACCGAUGAUGUUUAUGGAAGACCGGAAGAGCACUUCAUUUUUGCUCGACGACAACUGAGAUUAGCAUUUCCAGAGCCUAACAACAGUAUCUUGAGGAAAAUUGCCAAACUGGAAGAUCCUGCACACUUGUGCCGAGGAGAGCUCUCUUACGUCGGAUGGGUUCUAUAGGUUGGUAUAUAUGUUAAUAAUGUCUUUUUCAGAACAUGCCUCAAGAACUCAUCGAUAGCCAUGAACUGCAAACAAUCACCUUAGAUUACAGGGGGGAGUGUCAACAGAUGACAUAUAGUCGAUUCCCUUACUAACGUUGAACCUUUAGACGAUGCUCCAGCUCUUUCUGGUAACGGAACAAACUGAUCCCCUGCUGCAACAGAAGAUGAUAAGGACUACCGUCAGUAUUUGCAUCUACUAAGAUUAGCAGGCGACGGUUCCAAAAUAAACCCGGGAGAACCAUCUGGAGAGAAAAACCUGCAAGAUGAGGAAAUGAUCUUAUCUCUUGGUUUCGCCGGUUUUAGGGUUGAUUUUUGUUUCUGUCUCCCUAUAUUUCUGUCCCUUGUAUGAGAGGUUUUGUUUCGGUUUUCAUCUUUGGCCAAUAACUUCAGUGAAUUGACAAGUUCAAUACUAAAGGGAAGAUGUUAUUGGGACUUCAAGAAAGUCA